CUAAAUUGCUAUUUUGUGCGGUAGCUGAGCUGGAAAGUGGUAUAUUACUGCGUUCCAAGCCCAUUCAUUCAACUUGUCUUGCCACCAGCCGAAGCAAACGGUUGUUGCACACCAAGUACUUCCUUGAAACCCUGGAAAUCCUGUUUAAUUAUGUUCAUUAUUAUUAUUUUCGCUCCCUUUUCUUUUGCCUUUUUCACUGCUUCAGCUUCCCCCUUCUCGGCGUGAGCGGGAAAGGGAAACUCCUCCCCGACUCCACCGAAAGGGGUUGGCACCAUGGAAGGCAUGCGUCUUGUCUUGUCUUAGCCAGGUAGGGAGUUACCCCGCUAAGGAUGACUUACCCCUCAAUAAAUCACGCAGGAUUCCAAGAUCGACUUCUCUCUCAUUAUCGCAAUCGCUACCUAGGUACUCAAAGGACAUCAUAACGAGGUUCCCCUCCGAAAGUAGUGGAAGACUUCUCACCAUGUCUGAGUCAAACCCCUCGCGGCUGUCGUCGCGCAUGUCCAAACUAAACCCCUUCAAAUCCAGAGGGAGGCGGGAAAAUGAUGAGGACGACGCAGGGGAGGAAAUUGAUGCCGCCACCUUCGCCGGCGGCGGUCUCAGCGCAUCAACCGGCAUCGCUCAUCAUCCUCUACGUGUCAGCACUGCCCUUCAAUCCUUCCUCUUCCACGAGGGCGUAUUGGGUAACGACGAUGCCGACGACGCCAAAGGGCCGUUGUUGAAAACCCUUCUCGACAAACCGCUCGUUACGCCGCCAGCCCACCUCGUGGACAGAUCGCAUCCCCUGCCCGAGUAUUUUAUCAGCUCCAGUCACAACACGUAUUUGAUGUCCCAUCAGCUUUUCGGCGCAUCGUCAGCCGCCGCAUAUGAAACGACGCUCAAGGCUGGGGCGCGGUGCAUCGAGAUUGACGCGUGGGACAACUCCGAUGACGGCAUGGAACCAAAGGUGACGCAUGGCUACACGCUCGUCUCAAACAUUCCCUUUCGAGUAGUGUGUGAGACGGUACGCGAUGUCGUCGACCACGAAGAAACGGUCUCGCGAGCCCGGGGGUAUGCCCCGGCGCCAAUCCUGGUAUCACUGGAGAAUCACUGUGACCAGAGCGGACAGCUCCGCCUCGUUGAUAUUAUGAAGGAGGUUUGGGGCGACCGGUUGCUCAGCGCCCCGGUUCGCCAAAAAGGCCAUGAAGAACAAGAAGGCGGCGAUCCCGUCCGGCUCGAAGAUCUGGGUUCCAAGAUUGCCGUCAUUGUUGAGUUCCAUCUGCCAGAUGAGGUGGACGACUCCAGCGCCUCCUCAUCCAGCUCCAGCGACUCUGAGGAGGAGAAGCAAGCGCGUCAGGAGUAUAAAACAAAGAAAAACGCUGCGCCACCGCCUAUCAUCAUCCCUGAACUGGCCGAGCUCGGUGUCUAUGCGCAAUCCGUCAAGCCACGCGAUACUUCCUGGUACAUCGAGGGCAAAGUCAAGGAUGGCCCUCCUGAGCAUCAUUUGAUCAACGUUUCCGAGUCGGGGCUGGCCAAGCAUACUGGGGAUCACGCGCCGGAGAUCGCGCGCCACAAUGCCCGUCAUCUCAUGCGUGUGUACCCUAAAGGAACCCGGAUAUCAUCCCGUAAUCUUUCCCCGGUGCCGUUCUGGGCCGUCGGCGCCCAGAUUUGCGCUCUCAACUGGCAAACAUUCGGCGCGAGCAUGCAGAUAAACGACGCCCUCUUUGCUGGCACCGCUGGAUACGUACUGAAACCCCCCGCUCUUCGCCACGGUGGUAGUGGUGUGCUCUCGUCCCACAGCCGCCGGAAGACGAUACGGCUCCACGUUGCCGGUGCCACUGAUGUUCCGCUCCCUGCUGAUCGUGAAGUUGACGACCUGAAGCCGUACUUGACGUGCACACUCCUCCAACCGGGGACCGGGGCUGAGCUAAUCAAAGUCAAGCGGAAAACGGGGAUAUAUCACAAGCGAAACGCCUUGACUCGCUCAUUCCUCGGUUCCGUCGGCGGUACCGGUGAAAAUCCCGUGGCAACGGACCCAGUAUGGGACGAGACCCUCGAAUGGGAAUUCGAUGACAACGAGUUGGUAUUCGUCAGGAUGCUCAUCAAGAGCGAUGCGACCUUCUCAAGCAACCCCAUUCUAGGCGUCGCCGCGGUUCGCCUGUUAUACCUUGAUCCCGAAGCUGGCUGGACGUUUGUGCGGAUGUUGGAUCUCAAAGGUCACGAAACUGGGUGCUCAUUACUUGUCAAAUUCGACAUCCAAGAUGCGUAGUAGACUGGGUCGUUCGGGGAGAGUGUAGGUCUAAUGGCCGGAAGGAUAAGACCAGAACCGAGACGGAGUGAACUGAUAGAGCAGGUCUGUAUUUGGCUAGAGAAGGAAAUAGCUGAAAAAAUACGAAGCUUUUCGGGCUUUGUUCCCUAGUACGAGCUUUGACAUGUUAAUCCCAUCUCUCCCUUGA